AUGAAGAACAUGAAGCAAAAGUGGGCGUCUGUGCGGGAAGCAGAAGGUCGAACUGGCAACGACGGACCCGUGCGGCGCCCAAAUCACUACUCCAUCAUGAAAGACUACUGGGGUGAUGCGACGGGGAUGAACAACCGACCGCAUCUUAGCACGGAGGACCCGGAUACAAUUGCUGCUGCUGGUGACGCUGCGAGAGCCGACCGCACCCAGGGGGAGUGUGUGGAGGCGGGUUUGAGUGCGGUUGCUAAAGGGUUUAGCGAAGGGCUAGAAGCUUUCGGCCAAGGACUUGCUACACAACAGACCGAGCUGUUCCGCGAGCAAAGUGAGCGGGCUCAUGCCCAAACCGAGCAACUCUUGUCGGAAAUUCAAGCUCAGAGCGAGCGACUUCGAGUGCAGAAUGAAGCGAUUCGAGAGCUACUGGAUUUGAUUCGCCGCGACCAUUAA